CGCCAGUGACGCCACAGUGAGGUCGCCUGUAUUAUAGCAAGGGAGAAAACAGCUGGGUUCGAAUUUGCUGAAGUAGCGUGCUCCCUGAUCCUCUGCCAUCUGUUGAACGAAGUGAAAAAAGAGACUGGCUCGCGAGGCUACUGCCAUAGUUACAGAUUUAGACGAAUGGAGUCCGUCUUCAUCCAACAGCUUCUGAACUUGUGUCUCCAGAGGAUUGCUAUAUCUGAGAGUACGAAUGUGGAACUUGAGUUCAUCGAGGUGGUGAAGCGCCAUGAGGCCACCAGGAGGCGCUGGCUGCUCGCGGACCAGGAGCUGAAGAAGCACAAGGAGACCCUGGUGAAAUCGGAGGUGGCCCGCACCGCGCUGGAGGUCAAGCUCAAACACGCCCGCAACCAGGUGGACGUGGAGAUCAAGAAACGGCACAAAGCCGAGGCAGACUACCAGUACCUGGAGCGGCAGAUGCAGCUGAUCUGCGACAUUCUGGUGCACGACACCAAGUCCAGCGCUUGCCUGAACGACGAGCAGAGGUCCAUGCUGGCCAACUUCAAUCACAGAGGAGGCAACGCGACUCAGCACAAAAGCAGAAGAUUAUCUGUAAUUGACGAGUCUUCCUUCCUGUCUCACACUGACAUUAGUUAUGACAGAACUGAUGAUGACCUGGACCUGGACUCAACUGUGGUCAAGCCAUCAAGUCACGAGCCAGGGAGAAAAGGCGCUCCUCCAUGGGCGUGUGGGCCCUGCGAAACGGGGAGAGUCAGUGGCCGCCCUGGAGACGUGCUGGGGGAGAGACCGGUGGAGAAGGAAAUCGAAUCUACUAUAGUGAAAGCCUCGGUGACGACGCCUGAGAGUGGAGGUCAGAUUCACAUGGUCAUAGACAUUACCCAAGAAACCCCGGAGAAAACAGUCAAGACUUUGAGGAGCGGGAGCCUUCCUUCCGCUGCAGAGCAAACCUCUGUUUGGGCUCCAGCGGAAGAGAUGAAUCCAGAGAUCGUCACCGAGAUGGAGGUAACCGCCACGGACCCCAAACUUCAUCAGGUGUUUACUCCAACCAUAGACAGAGCAGCGCACCACGUCUUCUUAUCCAAAACGGUGAUCCGGCCCGAAGUGUGCGUGCCCUGCGGGAAGAGGAUCCGUUUCGGGAAGAUUGCGGCGAAGUGCCGGGACUGCCGCCUGGUGGCGCAUCCAGAGUGUAAAUACAUGUGCUCGCAGACCUGCAGUCCCAGCGCUGCCGUCCCCAACCCUAACGCUCUGACGGACACUUUGGAGAGUUUUGCUCCUGCCACUCAGCCUCGGAUCCCUCCCUUGAUUGUACAGUGUGUGAACGAAAUUGAGAAGAGGGGACUUGAAGAAAAAGGCAUUUACCGGGUGCCUGGAGGGGAGCGCGCGGUGAAGGAGCUGAGGGAGAAGUACGUCCUGGGAAAAGGGCCUCUGGCGCUCGGCAAAGUGGAGGAGAUCCACGUCGUCUGCGGGCUCCUCAAAGACUUCCUGCGGAAGCUCAGGGAGCCCCUCGUCACCUUCAGGCUGCACAGAGCCUUCAUGGAAGCUUCCGAGAUCCUGGACGAUGAUAACAGCGCUGCAGCCAUGUACCAGGCCGUUGGAGACCUGCCACAGCCCAACAGGGACACACUGGCUUUCCUCAUGCUGCACCUACAGAGGGUGAUUCAGAGCCCGCUGUGUAAGAUGGAUCUCAACAACCUGGCCCGGGUGUUUGGACCCACUGUUGUCGGACACGGCAUGCCAGAACCCUCCCCCAUGACCAUCAUGAAGGACACCAACAUCCAGCCCAAAGUGGUUGCCCGAAUGCUGUCCUUCCCGUGCGAGUACUGGAAGAACCUCCUCAUGGUGGAGAGGAACCAGGUCAUCUCCUCCGUGGUCGACGCCAACAUCAAUAACGAUGGCAACAGCAAGGAUCGAGAUCGACUGUUCAAACCGCUGACCUCUCCUGAGCUCGGCCACUACCCAAAGACCCCCGCCAGUGGCUCUCUGAAGGGCAAAUUCAAGACCCUGGGCACAGCCUUUAACAACCCGGCCAAGUGCAAGACUGAUCCGAGCAAGAAAAGGUUCUUUACUUCUCCAAGCUAAUUAAGUACUGUAAUUAGACUUUCUACCCCGUGUUAAAUUGUGGAUGGUGUUACAUUGCCUAUAUCUUCUAUAUGUCACUGUGGAUCACAGAAUAACCUGCAUGGAUCACUAAGACUUAUAUUGGGUACUCUUUUUCUAUGUGGGUAACUUGAAUGGUGUGCCAAAGUAUUUAUUUGCAGCACUUAAUGAUCGAACUGAUGGAAACCCUGCAGUUCAGUUGUUAUUGUAUUCUACCUAUUGCAAUUGAAUGCACUGCGUUCAGAAUUCAGUGAGACCAUUCAUCCAUUGUAUGGUAGAAUCAUUUUCACUUGGCAUUGGGCUUCCUUGAAGGGAGCUGAGCACUGGGGUUUAUUUGGGGCAUUUGUGAAAUAAAACUGCAUUGAAAACCA